AUGGGAGUUUUGUGUGGAGUCAAUGGAUCCCCAUUCUACAAACAACAACCGGUUUUUACCAUCAAAAUGGAGACAGGAGAAGAAAUUGAUUGUGUGGAUUUUUAUAAGCAACCGACUUUUAUUAAUUCUUCGAUAAAAAGCCAUAUGCCUAAGAGUGCUUCUAUUGUAAGUACAGGCUAUGGAGGCAGGAAAUUUCAUGGAGUGGGAGCCGCGGUAAGCUUAUAUCAAUCUACUGUGUUUGGAAAACAAUGGUCUGCUUCUCGAAUGAAAGUUUCAAAUGGACCCGAUAUUAUCGAAGCUGGUGUGAUGGUAAAUCCAUCUGUGUUCAACAACACUAAAGCUCAUCUUUACAUAAGAUUCAAGGCUGGAGCAAAUGGAUGUUUCAAUUUUGAUUGUAAGGGUUUUGUUCAAUUACAGCAUACACGUUAUUAA